AUGGCCCUCGAACUUGCCGAGAACGAUAAGUACGAGGUCAAAGAGAUCAUUGGUCGUGGUGCAUUCGGGAUCAUUCGCAAAGUUCGUCGAAAACAAGAUGGCCAUAUCCUGUGCCGCAAAGAGAUCAACUAUCUCAAGAUGUCUCAAAAGGAACGCGACCAAUUACAUGCGGAAUUCUCGAUCCUCGCCUCCCUAAGCCACCCCAACAUUGUCGGAUACUUCCACCGUGAGCACCUCCGACAGACGCAAGAGCUGUACCUGUAUAUGGAAUACUGUGGUGGUGGUGAUCUGGGCUGUGUCAUCAAGGAACUCAAGCGUAAGAAUGAAUACGCAAAGGAAGAAUUUGUCUGGAGGAUCUUCAGCCAGCUGGUCACAGCGCUGUACCGUUGUCAUUACGGAGUCGACCCGCCCGAACCUGGAAGUGAUUUUUCCAGACAGAACGACACCCGGCCCCUCAACAAAGGCAAAAUGAUUCUGCACCGAGACCUCAAGCCAGAGAAUAUCUUCCUGGGUGAAGACCAGUCUGUCAAGCUCGGUGACUUUGGACUUUCGAAGAUUAUGCAGUCGCAUGAUUUCGCCUCAACCUAUGUCGGCACACCCUUUUAUAUGUCACCAGAGAUCUGUGCGGCCGAGAAAUACACUCUGUAUUCAGAUAUAUGGUCACUAGGAUGCAUCAUGUACGAACUCUGCACCAAGGAGCCACCGUUCAAUGCAAACUCCCACCUGCAACUCGUCCAACGUAUCCGGAAGGGUGACUUCAAACCGAUCCCAGCCAUCUACUCGAAAGACCUCGCGAAUGUCAUCGCGAACUGCCUCAAGACAAAUCCGAUGCACCGACCAGACACCAGCUCGCUGUUGACUGUACCGUACGUGUGGCUCUCUCGGAGGCAGCAAGAGAUGGUCACCAUUGGAAAGACAUUGAAGAUGAGAGAGGAGAUUGCAGACCACAAGGUCAGGCAAGCGGAAGAAAGACUCUCCGCCCUUGAAGCAGAUCGAGCUGCGUUGAAGCUGGAGAUUGAUGCCCGGCUCCGUCGCGAGUGGGAGGUCAAAGCACGACUUGAAAUUGACCGACAAGUUCAACUGGAACUGGAAAGACUCCGCAAGAAGUUUGACAGGGAGGUCGACGACCGUGUGGCACAAGUCAUGGUUAAGCAAAAAUACUUGACGGAAACCCGAGCACUGAGAGAAGUCCAAAACCCCCCUGGGAGAGCUUUCGACAAAGAGAACAUAAAUCCUUCCUCAUCAGUCAACACGGCUGGUGAGGAAGAUUUCCCGUCAACCACAGAUAUCACCGACCUGUCGGAUCUUUCAAUUAGCUCGCCAACCACGUCGAAUAACAAGUUAAUGCCAAAGAAAACGAAAACCCCUUUUACUCGGUCCAAAACGACCUUCGACUCUCCUGUCGAUAUCCAGAUGUCAGAACCAUCACCCAUGUCCAUCUCUUCUUUGGCGCUCUCUCCCCGUCGAAACGCCGCAGCGCAGGCAACCGCCAACACGACCGUCACUGCCGUCGGCGCCAAAAACCUCUUUGCUGAAGCCGCACGCCAAAAGGCUCGCUGGGAGCCACAGUUGGCCUAUUCAUCAGACGAAGAGAAUAUUGAACCCGCAGACGACUCGGAUGACGAUGGGUUCCCUGAAUUGGCGAGUCCCACGAGAUCGAAGGGGGUCAUUGCCAACACUGAUCCGUUCAAGAACCCGGCACCCCUGCCGUUGAAGAACAGACCAGCCCUCUUGAGACAGAAUACGACGGCCACCAUGCAGAAGUUAAUCGCGAAGCCAACUCUAUUCCCAUCCAGCAACACGGCAACACAAGUGAGGGCUGGGAUUGCUUCGGGAAACAAUACUAAUGCCACCAAGGGGAUCCCACGAAAUGCCACAGAGGGCGAUUUGCGAACCGUGGCAGCGAAGCCUACAAGCCCUAAUCGACGUCUCAGCAAGAUCCCCAGCCGAAACGACCUCAGGGAGCAUGCUAUUUCUGAGGAAGGAAGCACUAGUCCGCUCAGACGAGCAGCAACAACGGCUGGCCGGCUUCCUAGUAAGCUUGGGGGCGGCCGAGACGCUGUCAUUGGCACCGGCAUCGGAGGCCGAACUCUGGUGGAACUUGCCCAGGCUCGAGCUGGAGGCCACCUGAAUCCAAAGGCGAGGUCCAUUCCGGAACAGAGAAGUGAGAAAGACCUACCUCCCGUUCCAGUCUGGGAUCCUGAGAUCUUUGGAGACGAGAUGCCGAGUCCUUUCCUGAAGAAAGAUGUCAAAUCCGUGCGGCUUAUACGGUGA